AAUGGCUUACAAACCCACCUAACCCCAACUUGUCACCUAAAUAUUUUUAUAAGAAGUAUAUAUAUAUAAUAUCUUUCUUCCUCUGCAUCGAUCGAUCGGUCGAUCUUGCUUAAAAUUCCAAACUUUCUUUUUCCUUCGUUCCUGGGUUUAUAUAAAAAUACAGAAAAGUCAAAGUUGUUCAUCGUUGGAUCAAUCAUGUCUGAGAUAGUCAACGAAUUUUGGCAAAAGUACCUGAAGCAACUUCAGCUUCAUCCUCUCAGAACCAAGGCUAUCACAGCAGGGGUUUUAGUUGGGUGCAGUGAUGUAAUAGCCCAGAAGAUCUCUGGGGUCAAGAAGCUUCAGCUAAGAAGAUUAUUUCUUAUGAUGUUGUAUGGGUUUGCAUACUCAGGACCAUUUGGACACUUUCUCCACAAAUUAAUGGAAAAAAUAUUCAAGGGAAAGAAGGGCAAUGAUACUGUGGUCAAGAAGGUGUUGUUGGAACAAUGCACAUCGUCUCCCUGGAACAACUUAUUUUUCAUGAUGUAUUAUGGCUUGGUGGUUGAAGGAAGACCAUGGAGUUUAGUGAGAAGUAAAGUUAGAAAGGAUUAUCCUUCUGUUCAAUUGACUGCAUGGAAGUUUUGGCCAAUAGUUGGUUGGGUGAAUUACCAGUACAUGCCUUUGCAACUUCGUGUUCUCUUUCACAGCUUCGUUGCCUCCUGCUGGGCCAUCUUUCUAAAUCUCAAGGCAAGAUCGGUAGUUGCAGUGAAGAAGGCCUAAUUACUAUUACUAUUACUAUUACUAGUAAUUAGCUACGAUGAUAUAUAAUGAUGACCAGUCUUCUUCAUUAUAUCAUUACAUAUAUAUAUAUAUAUCUUUGAACUACUGCAAUUAAUAAUGUUAUUGUAAUAUAUACAAUUAGAUAGUCUCUUUAAAUAGUUUCCAAUUUCCAAA